AUGUCCGACGAUCUUCAAACCGGCCCUGAGCCCAUCGCCAUCGUGGGCAGCGCAUGUCGAUUUCCAGGAGAUGCAACUUCACCCGCCAAGCUUUGGGAGCUGCUCAAAGAACCUCGAGACGUGUUGACGGAGAUACCCGAUAGCAGAUUCAAUCACAGGGCUUUUUACCACACAGAUGGCACACAUCAUGGUACGAGCAACGUCCGCCAUUCUUACUUUUUGUCCAAUGAUCAUCGGUUGUUCGAUGCCCAGUUCUUCGGCACCAAACCGAUUGAAGCCAACUCGAUCGACCCCCAGCAGAGACUUCUGUUAGAGACAGUCUAUGAGGGCUUGGAGUCUGCCGGGAUUCCCAUGGAGAGCGUGCAAGGAUCCAACACGGCGGUGUAUGUUGGAUUGAUGACAAACGACUAUGCGGAUCUCUUGGGUAGAGAUAUUCAGAACUUCCCCACAUAUUUCGCGUCAGGAACGGCGAGAAGUAUUCUUUCAAACCGGGUUUCUUACUUUUUUGAUUGGCAUGGACCAUCCAUGACAAUCGACACAGCUUGUUCCUCUAGUCUUAUUGCGGUCCAUCAAGCCGUUGUGAGUCUGCGGAAUGGAGAAACCAAUAUGGCUGUGGCAGCAGGCACAAAUUUGCUACUGGGUCCAGAGCAGUAUGUGGCUGAGAGCAAACUGAAAAUGCUUUCUCCUACAGGUCGCUCGCGGAUGUGGGAUAAGGAUGCAGAUGGGUACGCUCGUGGUGACGGAAUUGCUGCUGUCAUCUUGAAAACUCUGAGUGCCGCGCUGGCCAAUGGCGAUCACAUCGAGUGCCUUAUUCGCGAGACUGGGAUUAACCAGGAUGGACGUACCAAGGGCAUCACUAUGCCAAACCCCGUGGCCCAAGCAGCUCUCAUUCGAUCUACUUAUAGGAGAGCGGGUUUGGAUUUGGCCAACCCCAGGGAUCGUCCGCAAUAUUUCGAGGCUCAUGGGACCGGAACACCUGCCGGUGACCCGGUCGAGGCCGAAGCCAUCAGCACUGCGUUCUUUGGACCGAAAGCCAAUUAUCAACGGGCUAGUCAUGAAACUCCCUUGUACGUUGGGUCAAUUAAGACGGUUAUUGGACAUACCGAAGGCACGGCUGGGCUAGCUGCCGUCCUCAAAGCAUCCCUGGCCUUGCAGCAUGCUGUGAUUCCCCCGAAUCUUCUUUUAAACGAGCUGAAUCCCACAGUGCGACCGUUUUACAAUGACCUUUUGAUUGCGAGCUCCGCAGUGAAAUGGCCGGAGCUCCCAAGGCAAACGAUCCGUCGCGCGAGUGUAAACAGUUUUGGAUUCGGGGGAGCGAAUGCUCAUGCGAUCUUGGAGGCAUACGAGAAUAAUGUCGCAAGCGCGCUAUCCGAGGCGAAAAACACCGUGUUGACACCUUUCAACUUUUCUGCUUCCACUAAAAGCUCCCUUAUCAUGAGCCUUAAGGCAUAUUCAGCAUACUUGAAAGUCCGAAGAAAUGUGGACCUACAUAACUUAUCAUGGACUUUGAAUUCUCGCCGCUCAACCCUGCCUGUUCGAUUAUCAAUAUCCGCCUCAAAUAUCACCGAUUUGACUGCACGGUUGGACAACGCUGUCGAGUCACCGUCAGAAAUAAUGUUAGCAAGUCAAACUUUAAGCAUCGAAAAGCCCAAAGUGCUUGCGAUAUUCACUGGUCAGGGAGCCCAAUGGGCCCGAAUGGGGGCUGAGUUGCUGAAUAGCUCCUCGCUAGCCACAGAUUGCAUCGCUAGCCUUGAUUCUUCUCUUCAAUCACUCCCGGAAAAAGAUCGUCCCUCAUGGUUUCUUAGAGACGAGAUUCUGAGGGAUGCAAGUUCAUCUCGUAUCGGAGAAGCUCUUUUCUCGCAGACCCUUUGCACCGCAAUUCAGGUCAUGCUAGUCAGUAUACUCCGGGCGGCAGGUGUUUCCUUCACCGCUGUCGUUGGUCACUCAUCCGGAGAGAUCGCAGCGGCAUACUCUGCUGGGUAUCUUUCUGCCCAUGACGCUAUCAGGAUCGCAUAUUAUAGAGGAUGGUCGUUGCAAAAUUUCUCUAACUUGGAUGGAACCAAAGGUGCAAUGAUGGCAGUUGGGACCUCCAUUGAAGAUGCCAAAGAACUAUGCGAGAUGCCUUCCCUUGAAGGACGAAUCUGCGUUGCCGCGAGCAAUUCCUCUGCCAGCGUGACACUUUCCGGUGAUGUCGAUGCCAUUUUAAAAGCCAAGGACAUCUUCGAGGAUGAAAAGAAGUUUGCCCGUCUGCUUAAGGUGGAUAAAGCCUAUCACUCCCAUCACAUGAUUCCUUGCGCCGCGCCCUACAUCGAAGCCAUACAAAAUUGUGGUAUCAAAACCCUUUCCCGGUCUGCCAGCGGCACGAAAUGGUUCUCUAGUGUCUACGUCCAGGACAUUGAUAAUGUGAAGGACAGCUUGACUGACACAUAUUGGAGCAACAAUUUGGUCAAUCCUGUGAUGUUUUCUCAAGCCAUAAGCUUCGCACUUGCUGCGACAGGACCCUUUGACAUUGCCUUGGAAAUUGGACCCCAUCCAGCGCUGAAAGGGCCUGCUUUGCAGACAAUCCAGGAACUCUCUGGAAAUAUGCUACCCUACUCUGGAACGCUAAGUCGAGGCAAGAAUGACGCUGAGUCCUUUGCAUCUGCACUUGGCGCUUUGUGGGUUUCUCUCGGCGAGUAUGUAGUGGAUUUUGCAGGGAUUGAGAGCAAGUUGGAGCCGGAUACUCAAAGGCCCAGGCUCUUGAAGGGACUUCCAGCCUAUGCAUGGGAUCACGAUCGCGUUUACUGGCAUGAGUCUCGCAUUUCAAGCACAUUUAGACUUGGAAGUGAAAAGUUCCAUCCCCUCCUGGGUGUCAAAUGUCCCGAUGGUACAGACAAAGAACUUCGCUGGAGAAACUAUCUGAAUACGCGGGAAAUUCCAUGGCUUGCGCAUCACCAAGUGCAAGGGCAAAUGGUCUUCCCUGCUGCAGGUUACGUUUCAGCUGCAACAGAAAUGGCACUUGAAAAUUAUGGGUUGGAAUCAAUAAAAUUGAUUGACUUCGAAGACGUGAUCGUUGGACAGGCCUUGGUGCUUGAAGAGAAUUCCGGAGUAGAAGUUAUCUUCGCUCUCAUAGUCACUCAGAAUAGCAGCAACGUCGUGACAGCGGUCUUCAACUGUUACUCCGACGCUAACAGAGGUUCAUCCUCAAUGUCUCUCCAUGCGUCCGCGAAGCUCCGCAUCUGUCUCGGUGAAGCAACACACGAUGAACUACCGGCACGUGCCGGAGGCCCCGAUUGCUUCCUCGAACUUGAUGCGCAGCGAUUCUAUAGUUCGGUGUCAGAGCUUGGACUUGGCUACACCGGCCCGUUCCAAUCACUUUCUGGUUUGAGCAGAAAAAUGGAUGAAGCCACCGGCAUGAUUGCUGUACCAACCGAAGACGGAGCUGAGGCUCCUCUGGCCAUUCAUCCGGCUUCCUUAGAUGCCGCAAUUCAGUCUCUCAUGCUGGCUUAUUCCUUCCCCGGGGACGGACGCUUGCGCAAUCUGUACCUUCCGACAAAGAUAGAUCGAAUUCGAAUCAACCCAUGUAGCUGCGUGGCACUAGCUGGACCAGGCACAAGCCUUAAGUUUUACUCUACAGUCGCUAAUACUAGAUUUGAGGAGCUAUCCGGUGAUAUUGACAUUUAUUCUGUGUGUGGACGAUACACAGUGCUCCAACUUCAAGGCUUGCGUACAACUCCACUUACUCCUCUAACAUCUGCAACAGAUGUGACAAUGUUCACGGAACUUACCUGGGCCCAAGAGAAACCGACUGGACGUGAUAUUAAUUCGCGGGAUUGGCUAAACGAGGAUGUUUCACAAUCUUUGAACCUGGAACGUGUGGCCCACUUCUAUUUGAAGGAACUCCACUCUUCCUUUCAGCAGGCGAACCAUUUGGAAAUUUCAUGGCAUCAUAAAAACCUUCUUUCUUACGCCAGCCAGUGUGUUUCGAUUACCGCAUCGGGAAUUCACCCAUUUGCGCAACCAGAAUGGGCCCACGAUACAAAGGAAACAAUUUCUGAGAUCCUCGAAAGACACCAAGACAGUAUUGAUAUCAGGGCCAUAACAGCUGUCGGCGAGACAAUUUCUUCAAUCGUGCGAGGGGAAACAGAUCUGCUGGAUAUUUUGUUGAAGGACAACAUGCUCUCACAAUUUCAUUCCAAGGCGCUUGGUGUCCACUCUUACUUAGCCGAGAUAGCUCGGAUCGCUGGGCAGAUCAGUAAUCGCUACCCGCAUGUUAAUGUACUAGAAAUUGGCGCCGGCGCUGGCGCGACAACCGAAGCCGUGAUUCAUGAAAUGGAUGCGGCCUUCGCUUCAUACACAUACACAGAUCGUGCAGACUUUAUGGUCGAUAGAGCCCGGGAGAAUUUUGAAAAGUACCAUGCUCGAAUGGCGUUCAGAGUUCUCGACAUUGAGAAAGAUUUGACCGAGCAGGGGUAUGGCAAGGACUCGUACGAUGUUAUCAUUGUCUCCCUGGCCCUUUAUGCGACGGAGAAUCUCGAAAUGACACUUUUAAAUGUUCGCAGACUACUGAAACCAGGUGGAUUCCUUGUUCUUUUGGAGCUGACGGACCCGAAUGUGAUGCGGUUUAGUUUGAUUCUCGGUGGACUUCCUGGCUGGUGGCGUGGGCAAGAAGGGCGAACUCUAUCCCCAUGUGUCUCUAUUGAUACAUGGGGGGAUUUGAUGACUAGAAGCGGGUUCUCUGGCAUUGAUGCUUGCGUUCCUCAUCACCCAGACAUGUCAAUUCCCUUUUCCGUCAUGGUAACUCAGGCUGUGAAUGAUUGCGUCACCUUCCUGCGCAACCCCUUGAUGCAAAAUCACCCAUCUCUAGGUAUUGAGAAAUUGACAAUUAUUGGUGGGAAGACUGAUCGAACAGCUACGAUCGUCACAGAUGUCAUCAAUGCAGUCGGUCGACACUACAAAGCAAUCGGGGUCUCUGCUUCUCUUGACGACAUUAUCCCCGGAGAACUCCCUCCGAUGGGGACUGUUCUCUGCUUGGCUGAGUUGGAUGAACACGCCUUUGUUUCCAUGACACAGAUCAAACUCAGGUCUCUUCAAGAGCUAUUCACGCAAUGCAAGAAUAUCCUCUGGGUAGGAUACGGCGCCCAGGGAGAGAAUCCAUUCGCCCACAUGUUCACGGGCGUUCAGCGAACCCUGGCUAUGGAGAUGAACCACCUCCAGAUUCAGUUCCUCAACCUCCAUUCGUUUGAUGACGCAAAGGGUGAUCUAAUUGCGAUGAAGCUUCUUAACCUACAGGCUGCAGACAUCUGGAGCCAGGAUGGGCGAAUAAACGAGAUCUUGUGGUAUACCGAGCCACAAAUAACUUUGCAAAAGGGAAAGACUCUCAUCCCACGAUUCCGACCGAGUCAUGAACGAAAUGACAGGUAUAACUCUUCGAAGCGACUUAUUAUCAGGACAGUCGAUCGCAAUGACUCAGGUGUCACUAUCCGGUCUUCUGAAAAUGGCUAUGAAGUUCUCGAGAAAUCCCCUCCCAGUUCGGGCUUUGUUGUUGACCAGUUUGAGAUCGAGGUUACGAAUUCUCUGCUUCGCUCUGUCACGAUUACAGAGGCAGACAGGUUGUUCCUGGUAACUGGAAAAGACACUCGGGAUGGUAGCCAAGUGGUCGCUUUAUCUGGAACUUUGGAUUCUCGCAUCCGAGUGCCUCGCUCUUGGGUCAUCAAAUGCGGGCACUCGGAUGAUCAGGCCGUGCGUUCAUUGCUCAGCCUUUAUGAUCAUUUCGUGGCCCAGUCCAUUAUCAGGAAAGCUCUCCCAGGAAAGACACUGGGCGUUCUCGACGCGGAAUUUUCCAUGGCGGCGGUACUAACACAGUACGCAACUCAGCGAGGUGUAAAGUUGGUUCUGUUCACCACAAAGGAGAGCUUUUGCUUGUGGCCAUGGGUUCACAUCCAUCCCCAUUCAACAGGCCGAGACUUGAUUAGCAAAAUUCCAGAUGAUAUCGCUCUAUUCUUCAAUGCAGGAGGCGAGGAGCAUUUUGUUUCUAUCCUGAAGGAGAUACUACCCAUCGACUGCUCCUUCGAAAAUGAAAAAACACUCACAGGAGACGAAAGCCGAUUCUCAUCCCUGUCAGCGAUGGAUCAAGUGGUUUCACAACUGCAAACAACUUGGACCAGAGCGCACAGUGACCAAAAGCCAGUCAACAUGCAAAGAGUUGGGAAGCUUGGCUUGAGGGACCUCAUUCAAGUCCAGCAAGUAUCAGUCCCACAAUCCCUAAUCUCUUGGGACGGUCUGAGACUUCCGGUGCAAGUUCGUGCGGCUACCAAGACGGUCAAAUUUGCGAAGGACAGGACAUAUUGGCUGGUUGGACUGACCGGUGGGCUUGGUCUAUCCUUGUGCAAGUGGAUGGCCCGACAAGGCGCUCGAUAUAUUGCUCUUUCUAGCCGCAAUCCCAAGAUCGACGAUAAUUGGGUUCGAGGAAUGGCCAAAAACGGCUGCACCGUGCGCGUUUUUCAAAAUGACAUCACGGACCGUGACUCUGUCCACAGUACUCAUCGUCAAAUUCUUCAAGCUAUGCCUCCUAUUGGGGGUGUUGUGCAGGGAGCUAUGGUUCUUCAAGAUGCGAUGUUCCUUGAUCUGGAUGUCGAUCGGUAUGACAAGGUACUGAAACCAAAGGUCAAUGGCAGUAUUUUGCUGGAUGAACUGUUUUCAGAAGAUACCUUGGACUUCAUGAUCUUCUUUUCAUCGAUGGCUGCUAUCACCGGUAACCCUGGACAGGUCGCCUACAAUGCUGCAAACAUGUUCAUGGCCAGCUUGGCCGCACAGCGUCGCAAGCGGGGCAUCGCAGGUCAAACAAUCAACAUAGGUGCCAUUGUGGGCAAUGGGUAUGUAACACGAGAGUUGAACAAGAGCCAGCAGUCCUAUCUGUACCGAGUUGGCCAUUCAUGGAUGGCUGAACAGGACUUCCAUGAGGUAUUUGCGGAAGGUGUUCUCUCUUGUCUGGAUAGAUCAGGCAGUCUUGCUCCGUGCAGUGGUCUAAGAAUUGACGAUGACGACUCGAAGAAUUGGGUGUCUAACCCCAUGUUCCAGCAUCUCGUGUUAAAAUCCAACACCCUCAUCGUGAGAGGCAAGAAAAACAAGGCAAGGCUUAUGGCCAAGACUCGGCUGCUCGAGUCAACUUCACACGGUGAAGUGAUCGAAAUUCUACAAGUCCCAGAAACCUUCAUACAAAAGCUGCAAUCUGCGCUUCAGUCUGAUCCCGAAAAGUUGAACCUUGAGUUGAGUCCUGAUGAACUUGGAGUUGAUUCCUUGAUUGCCGUUGAUCUCCGUUCGUGGUUUAUCAAGGAGUUUGGUGUGGACAUCCCUGUGCUGAAGAUCUUCAAUGCCGCAUCCAUCCGCGAUUUGCUUGCUGUAGCAGCAAGUCUUCUUCCCGAGUCAUUGAUUCCAAACGCAAAAGAAGACGAGAGCGUCGAAUCGAAAUUAUCCGACGAACAUCAGACAUACCGGCAAAGGUCUGACGGCUCCAGUUUAUCCGUGCAGACUCCUGAGAUAACAUCGAGCUCAAAGGGGAGGGUUGAGGCCAAAAGCUUUCACCUAAAGUAUUUCCCAUCCUUUGACGGAGAAAGCCGAAGUAGAAGCUCUUCUGCAUCGUUUACAGCAGUUGAUUCCAGCUCAGAACAAAACGAGGUCAGCUCCUCGUCCUCAUCGCUUGAUAACGAGACGGAGGUGACUUGCAAGCGUCAUGUUGAGAAAAUAACCCCGAUGUCGUUUGGACAAUCGCGCUUUUGGUUUCUUAAACUAUUUGUUCCAGAGUCAACUGCGUUCAAUGUGACCCCUAUUUUUGAGCUAACUGGAAGGCUCCGAGUUGAUGAUUUUGCAAAAGCAGUUAAGGCCGUUGGCCAGCGUCAUGAAGCCUUGCGAACAUUCUUCUUCACGGAUGGAGAGAAACAACACAUGCAAGGUAUCUGGGUGGAUUCAUCAUUGAGUCUGGAACACAGACUCGUCAUCGACAAAAAGGAGGUUGAUAUUGCUGUUGAGCAGAUGAAAACGCACGUUUUCAAUGUCGCCGAAGGGGAAAUCCUUCGUGUCCAGCUGCUUUCCUUGGCAGCUGACCAGCAUUGGGUCAUCUUCGGCUUUCAUCACAUUAAUGUGGAUGGCAUGAGUUUCGAAGUCAUUUGGUCCGAGAUUGAAACCGCGUACAAGGGGCUCCCUUUUUUGCGAAACACUCUGCAAUAUCCAGAAUUUUCACAGAGACAACGGCGCGAGUACGAACAGGGAGUUUGGACAGAGGACCUGAAGUUUUGGCGAGAGCAAUUUGCAGACAUUCCUUCUCCGAUUCCACUGCUUCCAUUCUCUCUGAAGCUGGCCCGUCCGGCCGUCUCAAGCUUUUCCUCCCACUGGACACACUUCCGGCUUGAGAAAAGUCUGUCCGACGAUAUUGAGAAAUGCUCCCGGAUGUUCAAAGUAUCGCCUUUCCAUUACUAUCUCGCAGUCUGGCAGAUUCUUCUAUUGCGUUUCUUUGACGUCGACGACAUUUGUAUUGGCCUCGGCGACGGCGGGCGCACAGAUGGUGAUAUCUUGCACAGCGUCGGCCUUUUCCUGAAUGUACUGCCCAUUCAAUUCAACCGUCGAUCUUCCCAGCCAUUCGGUGAGGCUCUGAGAGAUAGCAAGAAGGUUGCGCAAGAUGCAAUGUCGCACUCUCGUGUGCCUUUUGAUGUGCUUCUCACCGAACUCAAUGUGCCUCGUGCCGCAUCCUACAAUCCUCUGUUCCAGGUCUUUUACAACUACCGCAAGGUUGAGGAGUCUCGGGAUUUCUGUGGCUGCACGGCAAAGGGCUCAUUGUUUACAAGCGGCGAGACUUCAUAUGAUAUUCAUCUGGACAUCGUCGAUUUUGGAAACAAGGGAAUCCAGGUGUACCUCCUCGUCCAGAAAGAUUUGUAUGCUCCGGAGCACGCCGACCUUCUCCUUCGCAGCUAUUGCAAUCUGCUACGGGAAUUUACGCAGAAUCCCGCGACUCGGGUGUCUUGGCCUUCUUUGUUCCCGCAGGAUGACAUUGAUGCAGCACUGGUCGCAGGCCGAGGUCCGGAACUGAGGGAGCAAUGGCCAGCCACCAUUGUGCAUCGAGUGGAUGAAAUUUCCCAGAUUUAUGCUGAUAAUCUCGCCCUGAAAGAAGAGGAUGGUGUACAGCUUACCUAUUCGCAGGCCCAGCACCGCAUUGGCGUAAUUGCAAAUGGACUUCUCAUCAAAGGUGUCGGUGUUGGGACCCGCGUCGGAGUUUUCCAGUCGCCAGGAGCAAAUUGGAUAUGUUCCCUGCUGGCUAUCAUGCGCAUCGGCGCAACCUACAUUGGCUUGGACAGAAAGGCUGGCAUAGAGCGUUUGGCGAUGAUUGCCGCUGAAUCGGAUUUGGUAGCUGUUCUCCUCGAUUCUUCCACCGCAUCCGAUUCCCAUCUUCUCCGCAGUCCAGCGGAGAUGCUCGACAUUUGCACUCUCUCGGUUGAAGCCACGGCACCAAACAUGGCGAUCCCGAGCCAUACAGCUAUCGUUAUGUAUACAAGUGGCUCGACAGGCAAGCCAAAGGGGAUUUUACUGUCACACUCGAGCUAUUCGCACCACAUUCAAGCAUUCAGCCGCUCUCUGGGACUCCAAGAGGGCAAGGAAAUAAUUCUUCACCAAUCAUCCUAUGCGUGGGAUAUGUCAUUGUACCAAAUUUUCGUCUCUCUCUGCACCGGUGGAACCUUGGUAAUUGCCAACAACACUACACGUGGUGAUCCAGUCGCCAUUGCAAGUCUCAUCGCAUCGCACAAUGUGACUACUACAUUCGGGACGCCAACCGAGCAUCUUGCAUGGAUUCGGUACGGUCGUUCAGCGUUGCGUCACUCAAAAUGGACAACGAGCAUGUGUGGUGGGGAGUUUAUGACUGGGAGCGUGAUCAAGGAGUUUCAAUCCAUUCAGAAACCGCAUCUAAAACUCAUAAAUAUGUACGGCCCGGCGGAGAUCUCUCUGGCAUGCUGUGUUGGAGAGGUACCAUACAAUGCUGUUCAUCCGACCGCCCAUAAUAACUCUUCGUCGCUCUACACUUUGCCGAACUACUCGGUCUACAUCGUCAACCGUGGCCUUCAACCGGUUCCCAUUGGAGUGCCCGGUGAAGUUGUCGUCGGUGGGGCAGGUGUUGCACAGGGCUAUCUUGACAAUGACAAGACCCAUGAACGAUUCUUGUGGGAUUCAUAUGCCAGCCCCUUCUUCCAUAGCCAGGGAUGGUCGAGGAUCUACCGAACGGGUGACCGAGGAUGGCUCGCCAAGGACGGUGGCUUGGUCUUGUUGGGCCGCAUCGAAGGUGACAACCAGAUAAAGCUUGGAGGAAUUCGCAUCAACGUUGAAGAGAUCGAGGUGGCCAUUCUUUACGCUUCGGGUGACACCAUUACCCAGGCCGUGGUAUCACCUCGCUCCACGACGAACCACGACGAGGUUCAAACCUACCUGAUCGCAUUUGUCGUGCUGGCCGAGACCAACAACGCCGAAGAUGCGACUCAACUUCUGGACCGACUCACAAUGAAUUUGCCACUACCACAGUACAUGCGACCAGCGGCCAUGAUCUCCAUUCCUUCCCUUCCACAGAGCACAUCUGGAAAGGUGGACCGACUUGCUGUCAGCAAACUUCCAAUUCCCAAGUUUGAAUCUCAACAGACAAGCCAGGAAACACUGGCACCCCUUGAGGAGCCGCUGCGUCAACUUUGGCAAGAAGCAAUUCCACGGGACAUUGUCUCGCUCUAUUCAAUUCAGCCCACGUCGGAUUUCUUCCAUGUCGGUGGCAGUUCGCUCUCGUUAGUGACCCUGCAGGCUCUUGUAAAGGAUCGCCUAGGGGUCUCCAUCUCGUUACACCAGCUAUUUGAAGCAAGCACGCUACAGAGCAUGGCUUACCGCCUUCAAAAUAUUGCUGCGACUGAGCAUGACGUGACGAUCGAUUGGGAAGAGGAAAUAGAAGCCUUGAUGGCUUCUUCUCUGACUCAACUGGAAAUCGACAAUCAGAUCCCACCCCGUGGGGCCAGCGUAGUAAUAUUGACCGGAGCAACAGGUUUCAUCGGCAAAGAAAUUAUUCAACAGCUUGUUAAUGACGAUCGGGUUCAAGCCAUAUACUGCCUCGCCGUCAGGAAACCCUUGAUGCAGUUACCUUCCACUUUUGCCGACCAGAAGGUCCAUGUGUACCAUGGAGACUUGGGAGCACCCCAACUGGGACUUUCGGAUUCCGAUGCAGCAUCGAUUUUCCGCCGUGGGGACGUUAUCGUUCACAACGGGGCCGACGUUUCCUUUAUGAAGACUUACCAGUCGCUCAAAUUGACCAACGUGGCCUCGACAGUUGAGCUUGUGAAGCUCGCCUUGCCACGGCGCAUUCCUUUUCACUUCAUCUCGUCCGCGAGCGUCACGCGUCUUGCGGGACAGAGGAGCUUUGGAGAAACCUCUGUGGCCUCAUAUCACCCGCCUGCGAUCCCUGAAGAUGGAUAUGUCGCUGUCAAAUGGGUGGGCGAGGCAUAUGUUGAGCUUGUCAACCAACGGUUUGGACUCCCAGUGUGGAUCCAUCGCCCAUCGAGCGUAACGGGAACUGACGCACCUGAGCUGGAUCUGAUGAGCAACGUGAUGCGAUACUGUCAAGAAACGAAGAAGGUUCCGGACUUCGCCUCGUGGUCGGGCGUCCUUGACUUUAUCGCAGUGCAGUCAGUUGCCAGUCAAAUCAUCGAUGCCAUGCAUCUGUCAGGUGCGCCCGUAGCAGACACGAACCACGUUCAUUAUCAAAAUGAGUCGGGUGAAAUUCAGGUUGGACGAGAGGAAGCGCAAUCUCUGAUGGAAACGGGCACAGAUUUUCGGUUCGAAGCGGUUCCCAUCAACGAGUGGGUUGAUCAUGCAGAGAAGGCUGGGAUGAGCAAUCUACUGGGCGUUUACUUGCGAAAGGUGUCGGAUGGGCAGAUUUUAUUCCCUAGGUUGCUAAAGGGAGGAAAUGGCAUUGAUCGGUCGUGA